AGUCCUGCUUCCUCCUGGUCCUGCCGAUGAGGAUUUUUAGACCGUGGAGACUGCGCUGCCCUGCCCUGCACCUAUCCUCUUUUCCCACGUUCUCUAUAAAGUGUAGUUUGCCUUCCUUUCCCACUGACGAAGACAUGUGUAAGAGUGUGACCACAGGUGAGUGGAAGAAGGUCUUCUAUGAGAAGAUGGAGGAGGUGAAGCCAGCGGACAGCUGGGACUUCAUCAUAGACCCCAACCUCAAGCACAAUGUGUUGGCCCCUGGCUGGAAGCAGUACCUGGAACUUCAUGCCUCAGGCAGGUUCCACUGUUCAUGGUGCUGGCACACCUGGCAGUCGCCUCAUGUGGUCAUCCUCUUCCACAUGUACCUGGACAAGGCUCAGCGUGCUGGUUCGGUGCGCAUGCGCGUGUUCAAACAGCUUUGCUACGAGUGCGGCACAGCGAGGCUGGAUGAGUCCAGCAUGCUGGAGGAGAACAUCGAAAGCCUGGUGGACAACCUCAUCACCAGUUUGCGAGAGCAGUGCUACGGAGAGCGCGGUGGCCACUACCGCAUCCAUGUGGCCAGCCGGCAGGACAACCGGCGACACCGCGGAGAGUUCUGCGAGGCCUGCCAGGAGGGCAUCGUGCACUGGAAGCCCAGCGAGAAGCUGCUGGAGGAGGAGGCGACCACCUACACCUUCUCCCGUGCUCCCAGUCCCACCAAGCCGCAGGCUGAAGCAGGCUCAGGCUGCAACUUCUGCUCCAUUCCCUGGUGCUUAUUUUGGGCCACGGUCCUGCUCCUCAUCAUCUACCUGCAAUUCUCCUUCCGUAGUUCUGUCUAAGAUUCCCGUGUGGCUUGGGGUGGGGAGUCAGUUGGUGGGAAGGGGUGAGGUGAGACCUGGCUUGGGAACGGGUCACAUUCUAAUGUGAUGCAGUUAUUGAUUCAGUGGUAACCCCGAAUAAUGUUUCUGUAAAAUUAAGGGUUUGGGCUGGACGGUUGAUUUCUCAAAAGAAAUCCAGGAUUCCAAAGUCCUUCUAGGUACCUCAGGGAUGUUUGAUUUGGGAAGUAGACAAUUAGUGAGUUGCUUUCUCCUAACUUAAUAUCCACCCUCCUCCCCUAACUUCUGCCUUCUCUCUUGCGGCAAUCAGAAGAGAACUACUUUCCAUGGCGUUUUAUGUAGGGCUUUUUGUAUAUACACAUAUACAAUAUGUGUGUGUGUGUACAUAUAUACAUACAUGUGUAUAUAUAUAUAAGCUUACAUAUACAUAUAUGUAUUUGUAUAUACACACAUAUAUGUAUAUAUAUGCUUAACUGACUGAAAAAGAAAACAAGCUUGGAAAUUAUAGGAUUAGGUUAUCUUAAAAGAUCUUAAAGCCAAGGAGCUUGACUUUGCUCUCUUGGUAUUCUCACCCAGUCCUCAUUUUUAACCACAGCAUCUAGCUGUAGCUUUUUAAAGAAUCUCUUUGCCUUCAAUAUGAGCCUGCCUUGGGCACACACAAAAGUUUCCCCUAAAGGUAGAGAGGUGGGACCUCUGGGCUGCUGGCUCCACUGCACUGUGCAGGUGUUCACCAGACCUGAAGCUUCUGGCAUCUUGUCCUUCAGGUGGAUCCCAAGGUCUGCCUCAGAGGAGUGACAGUUGGGGUAGAGUCCCAGGGUGAGGCAUCACACUCGCACCCAGUGCUUGUGAAGUGGCACAAUUGAGAGAGGUUUGGAAGGUAAAAGCCACACGGACUGAUUCCCCACCAUAGUGGAGAGUUUUCAGGGUUCAGACUGUCAGGUUGCUGAUGUCGAGAACAGGCAAGCAGGGGCCUGGUCGCCUAUGAUUUUGCUGAAAAGGUAGUCGACUGGUUUCCCACAUUGACUUUCUUGCCAAAAAGGCUUUCUACCUGGAUCACAGUGAUGGGACCUCUUAGCAAUAAAGGGUGCAUUAAAUAUACAAAUAACUUGUUGGUAGAGGUUACCCAG